GCAGAGCCAGCAGUAUAAGAGGAAGGCACAUCACCUGUGCCAAGGUAAGAAGACACACCUUUACAUUGUGAUGGCCUCUGCUCUGCGGGUGUUGCUGCUCCUCUGUGGACUGUUGGCUGGAGCUGCGUCUGACGGCAGUCCAAAAGUUGAUUGCUGUCCCGACGGCUGGACUCGAUUGAUCGAUCGCUGUUACGUCGUCCAAACUGAACCCAAGAACUUUGUAGACGCAGAGAAAUGCUGCAUGGAGGCUCUGGGGAACCUGGCCUCAGUCACCAGCACUCUGGAAAAUGUGCUUGUGGAUCAACUGGUCCAGGAGGCGGGUGAAGAUGGAGCCCUCAUUGGAUUCCAUAACGCCUUUGAGGACGGAGAGUUUCUAUGGACUGACGGCACCAAGUUCAGGUUUGACAACUUUGAAGCCGGAGUUACCCUCCUGGAGGACGGCUGCGGCUUUCUCACCGCUGACACUGGCGUCUGGUCGCUGGUGGACUGCAACACUGAGGAACCUUUUGUCUGCAGCACACACGUCAGCUGCCACUAAUACUCUCAGAAAACUUGCAAUAACUUGGCUUUUCCCUCGCUAACUUCAUGUGUUUCCAACUUUGACAUGCUUUUCACAAAUAAUGAAUGCAUUAUUGGCUUUAUUUGAUCAGAGAAUCUUAUAAUACAUUAAACAUUUCUUUAUUAUUGCAAUCCAAGAAGAAUGUUGACCUUAAAUAAAAUGUUGAACAUGCUAGACAACU